AGACCACGUUCAAUGUCAAGUGGUUCUGGAUCAGGUCCAAGGACAUCACCAAAUAGUAAUUUAAAACGAUCUAGACUGCGAGGCAGGAAACCAAAGAAGGACAAACCUCUGAGAAAGAAGAAGAAGAAGUAUAUUGGUGAGACGAGGAAUAUAUUCGUCAACGAUCAGACAAGGAAUCUCGAGUCCAAGUUUGGCAACAACACUAUCAAGACUACAAAGUACACUCUGUUGAACUUCAUCCCCAAGAACCUCUACGAGCAGUUCAGACGUGCUGCCAACUUCUUCUUCUUGAUCAUUCUCAUUAUCCAGGUCAUCCCUCUUCACAUCUCUGCCGUCAAUCCAUACGCAACAAUCAUUCCACUGAUCUUUGUGUUGGCAGUCACUGCAGUCAAGGAGGCGAUUGAAGAUAUUAAACGAAGAAAGCAUGAUAUAACUAUCAAUAAUCUACCUGUACGCGUGUUCAAUGGCGCAGUAUUCGAGGAGAGACCUUGGAAGAAUCUAAAGGUUGGUGAUAUUGUAAAGGUAUGCAAGGGUGAGAGCUUCCCAGCAGACCUCAUCGUGCUGAACACUUCGGAACAACAUGGUGUCUGUUACAUCGAGACGUCCAAUCUAGACGGUGAGACCAACUUGAAGAUGCGUCAGGCCAUCCCCGAGACAUUCGAGAACCUGAGGAAUGAAGCCGACUUGGCACUGUUCCGUGGUCGCAUCGAGUGUGAACAUCCCAACAAUGUCAUCUACGUGUUCCGUGGCGCACUGGCCAUGACGAGCGAGCCCAGUGUCGUCACCUACCCUCUCUCCAACCAACAGACCCUGCUGCGUGGCUGCAUCCUGCGUAAUGCUGACUGGGUCUACGGCGUGUCUGUGUAUACUGGUGGGAGACACCAAGGUCAUGCAGAACUCCACCGAUGCACCAAGCAAGAGAAGCACCCUAGAGAAGCUGGUGAACCGCGCACUCAUCAAUCUGUUCCCCAUCAUGAUUGUCGUGUCGUUGAUCGGCAUGAUUGUGAGCAUGGUGAGGACCCACCAACACAUCGAUGA